AUGAGAAGACAUGAAACAGGAGCUCCAGAGGAAGCACCUUGGAUAGUAAGAUCCAAACUAAAAUUGAGGAUUUCCAAGUUUACAGGAUGGCUAAACAUUAAUGGAAAGAGAAGUGUAAACCUAUCUUCUUUCACUAUGGAGGCAAGUUUGGCAGAUGGAGAACCUGACCGAACUUUGCUUCUUGGUGAUAGCAAAGAUGUCCUUGGGCCAUCAACUGUGGUAGCAAACAGUGACGAUACUCAGCACCUGACGCCAGGAAAGAUGAGUCAGCGCCAGGGGAGAGAGGCUUUCCCAGCGCCAGCCAAAGAUCUGUACCAGCCACCUUUCAGUCCGGCAAGUCCUCACACCCCGGGUUUUGAAAGAGGAAAGGAAGACAUUUCUCAAAAUAGAGAUGACUCUUCACUUUCUAUGUCAAAGAGCAAGUCUGAAUCUAAACUUUAUAAUGGCUCAGAGAAAGACAGUUCAGCUUCAAGCAAGCUUACAAAAAAGGAAUCUCUCAAGGUACAAAAGAAGAAUUACCGAGAAGAAAAGAAAAGAGCCACAAAGGAGUUGCUCAGUACAAUCACAGAUCCCUCUGUUAUUGUUAUGGCUGAUUGGUUGAAGAUUCGUGGUACCUUAAAGAGCUGGACCAAAUUGUGGUGUGUGUUGAAACCCGGUGUGCUACUGAUCUAUAAAACCCAGAAAAAUGGUCAGUGGGUAGGAACAGUCCUUCUGAAUGCCUGUGAGAUCAUUGAACGUCCAUCAAAAAAGGAUGGCUUUUGUUUUAAACUUUUCCAUCCUUUGGAGCAGUCUAUUUGGGCAGUGAAGGGUCCAAAAGGUGAAGCAGUUGGAUCCAUAACUCAGCCCUUACCUAGCAGUUAUUUGAUCAUCCGAGCCACUUCAGAGUCAGACGGAAGGUGCUGGAUGGAUGCUUUGGAGUUGGCUUUGAAAUGUUCUAGUCUUCUUAAACGGACAAUGAUCAGGGAAGGAAAAGAACAUGACCUGAGCAUCUCAUCAGAGAGCACACAUGUGACUUUGUAUGGCUUAUUACGUGCUAAUAAUCUCCACAGUGGUGACAAUUUCCAGUUAAAUGAUAGUGAAAUUGAACGACAGCAUUUUAAGGACCAAGAUAUGUAUUCUGAUAAAUCUGAUAAAGAAAAUGAUCAAGAGCAUGAUGAGUCUGACAACGAGGUGAUGGGGAAAAGUGAAGAAAGCGACACAGACACGUCAGAAAGGCAAGAUGACUCGUAUAUUGAGCCUGAGCCUGUUGAGGCCCUGAAGGAGACCACCUACACUGAGCAGGGCCAUGAAGAACUCGGAGAGGCAGGGGAGGCGUCUCAAACAGAAACUGUGUCUGAAGAAAACAAAAGCCUCAUCUGGACUUUGCUGAAACAAGUUCGUCCUGGCAUGGAUCUGUCCAGGGUGGUUCUGCCUACAUUUAUUUUGGAACCCCGUUCUUUCCUGGAUAAACUUUCAGAUUACUACUAUCAUGCAGAUUUCCUGUCUGAGGCUGCUCUUGAAGAAAAUCCUUAUUUCCGUUUGAAGAAAGUAGUGAAAUGGUAUUUGUCAGGAUUCUAUAAAAAGCCAAAGGGACUGAAGAAACCUUAUAAUCCUAUACUUGGUGAGACUUUCCGUUGUUUGUGGAUUCAUCCCAGAACAAACAGCAAAACUUUUUAUAUUGCUGAACAGGUGUCGCAUCAUCCACCAAUAUCUGCCUUUUAUGUCAGUAACCGAAAAGACGGAUUUUGCCUUAGUGGUAGUAUCCUGGCUAAGUCCAAGUUCUAUGGAAACUCAUUAUCUGCAAUAUUAGAAGGAGAAGCACGGUUAACUUUCUUGAAUAGAGGUGAAGAUUAUGUAAUGACGAUGCCAUAUGCUCAUUGUAAAGGAAUUCUUUAUGGCACAAUGACCCUGGAGCUUGGUGGAACAGUCAGUAUUACAUGUCAAAAAACUGGGUACAGUGCAGUACUUGAAUUCAAACUAAAGCCAUUUCUAGGUAGUAGUGAUUGUGUUAAUCAAAUAUCAGGUAAACUAAAACUGGGAAAAGAAGUACUAGCUACUUUGGAAGGACACUGGGAUAGUGAAGUUUUUAUUACUGACAAAAAGACUGAUAAUUCAGAGGUUUUCUGGAAUCCAACACCAGACAUUAAGCAGUGGAGAUUAAUAAGGCACACUGUGAAAUUUGAAGAGCAGGGAGAUUUUGAAUCAGAGAAACUCUGGCAGCGGGUAACUCGAGCCAUAAAUGCCAAAGACCAAACAGAAGCUACUCAAGAAAAGUAUGUUUUAGAAGAAGCUCAAAGACAAGGUGCCAGAGAGCGGAAAACAAAAAAUGAAGAGUGGACUUGCAAGUUAUUUGAACUUGACUCACUUACAGGAGAAUGGCAUUACAAGUUUGCAGAUACUCGACCAUGGGACCCACUGAACGAUAUGAUACAGUAUGAAAAAGACGGUGUUAUCCAGACCAAAGUGAGGCAUCGCACUCCAAUGGUGAGUGUCCCCAAAAUGAAACAUAAGCCAGCCAGGCAACAGAAGAAAGUGGCAAAAGGCUAUUCCUCUCCGGAGCCUGAUGUCCAGGACUCAUCUGGGAGUGAAGCUCAAUCAGUAAAACCAAGUUCAAGAAGAAAGAAAGGGAUAGAACUGGGAGACAUUCAAACUUCAAUUGAAUCUAUUAAACAAACACAGGAAGAAAUUAAAAGAAAUAUUAUGGCUCUUCGAAAUCAUUUAAUUUCAAGCACUCCUGCCACGGAUUAUUUUCUUCAACAAAAAGACUACAUCAUCAUUUUUCUCCUGAUUUUGCUUCAAGUGAUAAUAAACUUCAUGUUUAAGUAG